AUGGAAGGGUUUUCUUGUUUUGGAAGCGACGAGUGUACAUGUCUCGAAAGGUGUACACAUGACCAGUCCAAACCUUUAAGGCCACAGAGUUGUCAAUUUCUCAAGCUCUCAAGUUUAACCAACAUGACAGACUCGGCACACGUGGAUCCCAAGUGCGAACAACCUGAUCCAGCGCCGAAUUCCACCAAGCAAAAACGAUUUGAGAUCAAGAAGUGUAAUGCAGUAGCCCAGUGGCGUUGGGAUAUCCUUGUUGAUAACUGCGCGAUUUGCAAGAUUCUCAUCAUGGAGCCUUGUAACGAAUGUGAAGCUAAUCAAACCGGCACGACAAACGAGGCAUGUUCAGCCGCUUGGGGGACUUGCAAUCAUGCGUACCAUCUACAUUGCAUCUCCAAGUGGACGAAAACCAGUUCAGUGUGCCCCCUUUGUGGGGGAGAAUGGGAAAUCGAGAAAAUUGGUCAAUGA